CCCUGCAGCUCUGCGUCCCGCGUCCCGCUCUGCGUCUCACUCUGCGUCCCGCUCGUUUGGUCUGUAGCGAUGGUGUGGAGGAUGAGACUGAGCGAACACGAAUGUUCCCCUCUCCCCGCUGGGCUCUAACCUCCUCUUCUGGGCUCUAACCUCGUCACCAGUCAGCCUGAAUCCGUCUGGGUCUGCGUCACCGUCGAGAUGUUUGGAUGUAGGAUUCCGCUUCCCAUGUGAAUGUGAGACCCAUUCUCCCUUCUGGGUCCCAGUUGGAUGUUUUAGGUGGGGUUUCGACCCAAUACAGGUAACAACAGCGGGGCACGGACUGUGUGGAUGACACUCGAACGCAACUGUUUACCCCUCUGUGGAUUUUUUUUUUUAAGUCGACGCAUCGCAGCCGGGCAAGUCUGUGUAAUAUUCGAUUUGGAAUAAACUCUGAGCAUCGGAGCUCCUCGGUGAGAUCCUUCUCCGAUACGUGUGGGCUGCGUUGGACAUCAUGCCCGAUCGGUCCCAUUCUUCAACAUCUGCCGAGAUAGCCCACUUUUCCUGGUCGAGUCUGCUUUGAAGUCGUCGCUGCCAGACACAUCUCAGAGGACGUAUUCCGGCCUGUGGCCGGUGUUCUCCUAUGAAGCCAGCGGGCGUCUCCCUCCCAGAGAGCUGCAGGCGGCCCGCCUGAACAGGAAGCUGAUGUGAUACCUGAGAUGGAGAACCGGGCUUGAUAUCUGGAUCGGCCAUCUUCCCCACAAUGGAGCGUGUGGUUCUGUGCAUGCUGCUGUGUGCAGCCCUAGCGAGGGGCUACAGCUGUCCCGGCCGCUGCAUCUGCCAGCACCAGUCCCCCACGCUCACCUUGCUCUGCGCCAAGACGGGCCUGCUGUUCGUCCCGCCCACCAUCGACCGCAAGACGGUGGAGCUGCGGCUCACCGACAACUUCAUCACCGUAAUCCGCAAGAAGGACUUUGUCAACAUGACCAGCCUGGUGCACCUCACGCUGUCCCGCAACACCAUCAGCCAGAUCACCCCGCACGCCUUCCUCGGGCUUCGCUCGCUACGGGCGCUGCACAUGGACGGCAACCGCCUCAGCGCCCUCAAGAGCGACCACUUCAAGGGGCUGGUCAACCUGCGCCAUCUAAUCCUGGGGAACAACCAGAUCCACCUGGUGGCGCCCACCUCAUUCGACGAGUUUGUGGGCACCAUCGAGGACCUGGACCUGUCCAACAACAACCUGAGGACCCUGCCCUGGGAGGCCAUCGGCCGCAUGACCAACAUCAACACCCUGACGCUGGACCACAACCUCAUCGACCACAUCGGGGCGGGCACCUUCACGCUGCUCACCAAGCUGGUGCGUCUGGACAUGACCUCCAACCGGCUGCAGAAGCUGCCGCCUGACAGCCUGUUCCAGCACGCCCAGGUGCUGUCGGACGCCAAGGGCUCCAACCCCUCGUCGCUGGCCGUCAGCUUCGGCGGGAACCCGCUGCACUGCAACUGCGAGCUGCUGUGGCUGCGGCGGCUGACGCGGGAGGACGACCUGGAGACCUGCGCCUCGCCGGAGCACCUGAUGGACAAGUACUUCUGGUCCAUCCAGGAAGAGGAGUUCAUCUGCGAGCCACCCCUCAUCACCAAGCACCUGGCAACCAAGCCGCACGUGAUGGAGGGCCAGGGGGUGACGCUCAAGUGCAAGGCCAUGGGAGACCCCGACCCCGAGAUCCAUUGGCGCUCGCCCGACGGCAAGCUGGUGCAAAACAACUCGCGCACGGUGCUGUACGACAACGGCACGCUGGACGUGCUCAUCACCACGCUGAAGGAUAGCGGCGCCUUCAGCUGCGUGGCGUCCAACGCGGCGGGCAUCGCCACGGCCGCCGUGGAGAUCAACAUGAUCCCGCUGCCGCUGCUGGUCAACAACACGGGCCACAUGCGCGAGGACCCCGGCCUCUCCGACAUCACCACCUCGGCCAAGUCGGGCAAUGACACCAAGGGCCAGGAAAAGCAGGACCGGCGCGUGGUGGUGGCGGAGCUCACCUCCUCCUCCGCGGUGAUCCGCUGGCCCUCCGAGCGACACAUCCCCGGGAUCAGGAUGUACCAGAUCCAGUACAACAGCACGGCCGACGAGACGCUGGUGUACAGAAUGAUCCCGUCCACCAGCAAGACGUUCCUGAUCAACGACCUGGCGGCGGGGCGCGAGUACGACCUGUGUGUGUUGGCGGUGUACGACGACGGCAUCACGUCGCUGACGGCCACGCGCGUGGUGGGCUGCGUGCAGUUCCACACGGCCAGCGAGGUCACGCAGUGUCGCUUCAUGCACAGCCAGUUCCUGGGGGGCACCAUGAUCAUCAUCAUCGGGGGCAUCAUCGUGGCCUCCGUGCUGGUCUUCAUCAUCAUCCUCAUGAUCCGCUACAAGGCCUACAGCAGCCCCGAGGACGUGAAGGCGGGCUCCUCCUCACUGCGCUCCCACCUGCACCACCAACACCACCAACACCACCAGGACCAGCAGAGGCAGCAGCAGCAGCAGCUGCACCAGAGCCGCAUGCAGCGCUCGGGCUCCAAGCAGCCCUCCGAGGACAGCCAGACGGGGGACGGGCCGGGGGCCACCCGGGAGUGCAUGGCGCUGGUGCUGAGGGCGGACCACCAGGACCCCGACCAUGAGACGGGCGACCCGGGCGGGACCUCGGCGGCGGCUGCGGCGGAGGCGGAGCCGGCCCAGCAGCCGACGCCGGAGCGCUUCCAGAGGCGGAGCAGCCUGGACGGGCUGCGCUCUGGCCCGCCGUCGGAGGACACGCAGACGGACAGCAGCCUGACGGGCUCCACCAUGUCCCUGUGUCUGAUCGGCCCCAACGCCGGCACCAAGGAGGCCCCGCGCCUCAAGGACAAGCGGGGCGGGCUGGCCGGCGUGGGGCUGCUGCCCAACGAGCUGGCACGAACUAGGCACCGCUUCUCCUUCGACGGGGGGGACUACUCCAUCUUCCAGAGCCACAGCUACCCGCGGCGCGCGGCGCGGGCCCGCUGGCACAAGUCCACCAACCAGUUGGACACGGAGGCCUCGCCGCUGGCCAGCCGCAGAGUCACGUUCAGCAGCACCGAGUGGAUGCUGGAGAGCACCGUGUGAGGGGCGGGGCCCGGCCCGCGCGGUCACCUGUUGGGGGCGGGGCCCGGAUCGCUCGAGGGGGCCUGUGAGGGGGGCGGGGCCCG